AUAAGCACCCAACCCAAGCUCCUAUGAGACCUGAAUGGACGGAAGAGAACACAUUCACAAGGAGCACACACAAACACACACACAGAGGGAAGCAACACAAGAUUACCAAGCUGCUAUUUCCACCAACCCCAACCCUAUCUUAUUCUACCCUCCUUCACCCUCCUUCUCUCUAGCUCCAUCUUUCACACACAUGCACUCUUCUUCUUGAUGUCUAAGAACUAGUGGUACAAAAACUCUUCACUACCACACCGUAUUCCUCCGUCUCUCGUGCCCUCUCUGGUCCUGUCAUCUUUUCUCCUCCUCCUCCACCUCUGUAAGGAAAAGGAGUACUUGUGAGUCUGGACAUUGCUGGGGGGACGACUGAGUAAAGUUCAAUUCUGGAUUUGUUGUCACUCCUCAAAUAAUGACUGGGAACCGCCGAGCUGCCCCGGCUGCCCUGGGCACCCCCGCUACCCCAACCCACUUGCCAAAGGCAACAACCACCCCAGGCCAAAACAAAUCUGGAGGCCACAGUCCCAACAAGUUCAUGAGUGAACUGCACAGCAUCCACAUGCCAUCAUGGGCUGUUGCUGCCCUUUGCAUCGUGAGUUUGUGCGUGGUGCUGUCGUGUGCUGUGUGUGUGUGGAAGAAGUGCAUGAAGAAGAAGGACAAAGAAAAGGACAAGAAAAAAGGAAAAGAGAAGAGCAACGGAGGCUUUGACACUGAAAUGGAUGGAGGUUACAGCAAGCCACUGAAAGAGGAAGGUAAUAAAGAAACAGAGCUGUCAGAUGAUGAUCCCAAAGAGGAGGAGAAGCUGGGCAGGCUACAUUACACAUUAGACUACAACUUCACGGAUAAUACGCUGAUAGUCGGCAUCUUGCAGGCUGCUGAACUCCCUGCAAUGGAUGUGGGUGGUAGUUCGGACCCUUAUGUUAAACUCUUUCUGCUACCGGACAAAAAGAAAAAGUUUGAAACCAAAGUUCAUAGGAAGACCCUUGAACCCAACUUCAAUGAGACGUUCACGUUUAAGGUACCGUACACUGAGCUGGGUGGGAAGACACUGGUGAUGACUGUGUACGACUUUGACCGUUUCUCAAAACACGAUGCCAUCGGAGCUGUGAAGAUACCGAUGAGCCGUAUGGACUUCAGCCAAUCUCUGCAGGAGUGGAGGGAUCUGCAGAAGGCAGAGAAGGAGGAGAGUGAGCGGCUUGGAGACAUAUGUUUGUCUUUGAGGUAUGUGCCAACUGCAGGGAAGCUGACGGUGGUGGUUUUGGAGGCCAAAAACCUGAAGAAAAUGGAUGUGGGUGGAUUAUCAGACCCUUAUGUAAAGAUCCACUUAAUGCAGAAUGGAAAAAGACUCAAGAAAAAGAAAACAACGAUAAAGAAGAACACUUUAAACCCUUACUACAACGAGUCUUUCAGCUUUGAAGUGGCAUGUGAACAGCUAGAGAAGGUGCAGAUAGCAGUGACUGUGUUGGACUACGAUAAGAUUGGGAAGAAUGAUGCCAUCGGGAAGGUGCUGCUGGGCGGUAACAGCACUGGGACUGAGCAACGGCAUUGGGAAGACAUGCUGGCCAACCCCCGGAGGCCGAUAGCCCAAUGGCAUAGCCUCAAACCACAGGAAGAAAUUGACGCACUACUUUCAAACAAGAAAUGAAACUGUGACCUCAGUGGGCUAUGACCUUGCAGCAUUUACCUCAGCUACUGUACUUCCACACUAUGUUCUUACGUCUGCCCUAAAAAACUCUUAACUAAGUAAAUCUACCCAAUAACAGCCUGUUUUAUCCUCGACACUAUCCAAGUUACUCUUGGACUUUUAACCUUUUUGCUUCAGUAAUUCCCUCCCCCUGCUUCUACCUAAACUGCUACAAAACAAUUUAAGCAAUGUAUCACUAUGUACAGUGCUAUUAAACCAGGGUAUUUUUCAAA